UCCUUUUCUGCAUUCACCUUCCUUCCUCUGUUUUCUCUCUAAAGCAAACAAGCAAAGCAUCUCCCUCCACUCCUCUCUCCUAUUGCUUUCUCUUUGUACGCAUCCUAGCUUUCCUUUGCUUAGAAUUUAGCUAUUUCCCUCCCUCCUCUUCUCUCCUCUCCUCCCCUCCCCUCUGUUCUUAAUUUAAUCUCAUUCCCAUUUCUAUUAAAUAUCUGCUCAAUCUUACUGUUCAAAAGAGAAUAGAUAAAAAUAAAAAUAAAACCCACCUUAGGCUUGAAAUCUCGCCCAAAUUCGUUAUGGUCUAAAUCACCCGUCCUGCAUGUCCUACCAAUGUCCCUGCAUGACAAACACAUGAAUAACUGAGCACAGUUUAACUCAGAAGUUUUCCAAUUGAACUCCCUCUCUCUGUUCUCUGCUCUUCAUUCUUCACUCUGGUGUUGAGCUGAGCUUUCCGGAUUUUGGGUUUUGGGAUUUCGUUUGAGUUUUACCUUUCUUAUUCCUAUUCAUUCUUUUUCUCCCCAAUAUUCGUUCUUUAGCUCUCUCUCUGGAUAUAUUAUUGGCUUUAAUGGUUUUGUCACAGCGGAUCAUUUUCUAAGUUUUGAUUUCAGUAUUGAACUUUUCUGCUUCCUGGGUUUCAGGAUUUCGAGUUUGAUUCCCAGAUUUUCUUUUACCAAUAGGAUUUACAGCCAUUCUUUUGUGUUUCUGUGUUAACUCCAUUGACAAGUAUACCAAAUUUAACUUUUUUUUUCGUUACAGAGAACGCCGUUUUUCCAUAAGAAGUUAGUUCUUCAGUCUUUAUGCUUUAAUUUAACGGGGAUUUUCAUUGUUCUCGAUUGUUUCUGUACUCAUCCUUUGGCUAUUGAGGUUCAUUUUGAAGCUGAGGGAUUUGGAAAUAAAUCACACGCACUAACAAAUUCGAAGAGUGAGUGAGAAGUGACCCUAUGGAUUUCUUAACAGGAAACUCGAAAAAUGCUUGGCAGCCAAUCAUGACUGUGGACACGACCACCUCUGAUUACUGGUUAAACUGGAGGGUGUUGCUUUGCGGCAUUUGGGUCUUAAUUUCAAUGCUUGCUGCAUUCUUUCUCAUAUUCAAAUACGAAGGAUCCCGACAUCCGAGACCCGAAAGCGGCGAAACCCAACAAAGAACAGCAGGUCUGUUGUAUGAGGAUGAAGUUUGGAGGCCAUGCUUGAAAGAAAUCCAUCCUGCUUGGCUGCUAGCUUUCAGGGUUUUUGCUUUCUGUGUGCUAUUGUCAUUGCUCAUUAUCAAUGCUUUUGUGGAUGGAGGUAGCAUAUUUUACUUCUAUACCCAGUGGACUUUUACAUCAAUCACCAUUUAUUUUUGGCUGGGAUCAUUACUCUCCUUGUAUGGAUGUUACCAGUACCACAAUAGAAUUGGCGGUGAUAGGAUUGAUAAUGAGGGGUUUGAUGCAGAGCAAGGCACCAACGUGGACGUGGUUCCCAAGCAUAGAGAGAAUUCUAAUAGAACCUCCCUGUCAAAAGCUUCUGGUCACCCUUUAGCUCUUCAUAAUCAGCGAGCUGCAGGCUUUUGGGCUUAUGUAUUUCAAAUUAUAUUCCAGAUGAACGCGGGCGCAGUCGUGCUUACAGAUUGUGUCUUCUGGUUCAUAAUUGUACCAUUUCUUGCAAUCAAAGAUUACAAUCUGAAUUUUCUAAUUAUAAAUAUGCAUACAAUCAAUGCUGUUUUCCUGUUUGGCGAUACUGUCUUGAGUUGCAUGCAAUUCCCUUGGUUUCGGAUCGCAUACUUCUUUCUAUGGACUGCGACUUUCGUUAUUUUCCAGUGGAUUCUACAUGCUUGUGUCUCAGUCUGGUGGCCAUAUCCAUUUCUAGACUUGUCAUCUUCAUUGGCUCCAUUGUGGUACUUAGCGGUUGCCUUGAUGCACGUCCCGUGCUACGGCAUUUUUGCUUUGAUAAUGAAGUUAAAACACUUUCUAUUGUCGAGAUGGUUUCCUGAAACCUACCAGUGCAUGAGGUGACUUGAGGGUAAAGCUCAUUUGAAGCUAAACCAGUUUCAUAGGCUUGAAGACCAAAAUUGUCAAUACCAUCAGUAGAAGGGAUAGCUAUAGAACAAAAAGAUACUCCAGAGAUGUACCAGCACCACAAGAGAACUAUGGGAUCCAUGUUUUGAUGUAAUUGAGAACUGUUCAUGGCAAUGAACUUUGUUUUGAACCAUACAAAAAUUCAAAAAUGUUGAAGAAAAAAGGAAAAAAAAAAGAAUUUUUUAUUGUUUAUAUAUUCCCUCCCUAAGGAAUAACAUAUCUGUAACUUUGGAAAGUUUGGUCUUCUUUUCUUAGUUUCUCCUUUAAUAUGCCUCCAAACAUCAUUUAACAUAAGCA